AUGGAUUGGAUGCUAGCUAAAGACGGUAAAUUUUCAGUUAAGAACAGAGAAACAAUCCUUAAUGGUAGAACCAUCGAGCCUACAAUCUGGAAAUCACUUUGGAGUUCGAAAACUGCUCACAGGAUCAAGCUCUUCGCUUGGAAAUGUAUUAGAGAGUUAAUUCCGACAAAAAGAAAACUUGUGAUGUUUAAUAGCAAUAUAGAUAUGUCUUGUGGGUGUUGUGGUGCUGCAACAGAAACCAUAAAACAUCUACUGCUUAAUUGCAGGCAUGCGGCGCAUGCCAGAUCAGUAUGGAGGUGUGUUAAUAUUAACAUGGAUGCAAUCAGAAGUAACUGUAAUAGCGUUGUUGAGUGGGUCACGAGCUGGUUUUCUACCGGUAACAAUACAAUAGAUGGAAAACGGCUUCAUACACUAAUGAUUGGGACAUGGAGAAUCUGGAAAGACAUAUGCGACUCGGUCUUUCAGGGAGUAUCUCUUAACCCUCACUCUACUGCUCAUAAAAUUAAUUAUCAUUUAGCCUCACGUAUGCAUGAUAGUUCCCAUGUUUCCUUUUGUGCAAGUAACCCGAGAUUCUCACAUUGGAAACCUCCUUUACAAGACAUUGUCAAAAUUAAUGUUGAUGCGUCUUUUGAGUAUCUAACUAAACAACUAGGUACGGGACUAAUCGUUCGUGAUCAUACAUGGGCGUGUGGAGGAAUCAGAGGAAACUAUACAAAUGAAGUCCUAAAUGCAGAAACUGGAAAGUACAUGGCAGUACGUGAAGCAUUAGAAUGGGCAAAGGAAACGCCAAAGUUGUCAUUCAAUCCAUCACAGACAACAUGUUGCUCAUUCAAUGGGAGAAUAGGAACAUAA